UUACUUUUCAGUAAUGAAAGACCUUUAACCUACUAAAAUCAUUGUCACAAUUUUCAUAGCUAGUUCGCAAAUUUGUAAAUACAGUGAGUUUCAAAAGUAAGAAUUCAUCGAAGUCUUAUAAAAAUAAACAUUUUUCAAAGUCACGACUGAAAGGUUGAUGUAUUAUAUUACAAUAUCCAGCGCAUAACAUCACUAGGAGGGAAUUUAUAUUUCCAACAAGAUGGAUUCCAAAAUCGGCGCAGAUCAAGCACAAAAUUCCGUUUACGACAAGGAAACUGAAAAUGUUCUUAGCAACGAUGAUUCUUCAUUUUUGGCAAACAUAAUACGCGAAAUCUUGUAUAGUCCAAUGAACUUGGCCCUUUUGGCGAUAAUAUGUUUCUUGGUAUACAAAAUCGUUCGGGAUCGCACUGAAGUACCAUCUGUGGGCGUUGCUAAACCAUCUGAACCUGAGUUGCCUAAAAUCCGUCGUGAUUUUACGGUAAAGGAACUACGCCAGUACGAUGGAAAUCAACCCGAUGGCCGAGUUUUGGUCGCUGUAAACGGAAGUGUUUACGACGUUAGCAAAGGGCGACGUUUCUAUGGACCAGGUGGCCCCUACGCAACAUUUGCGGGAAGGGAUGCCUCUCGAAACUUGGCCACAUUCAGUGUGGUUUCAAAUGAUAAAGAUGAUUACGACGAUUUGAGCGAUCUAAGUGCCGUAGAAAUGGAUUCUGUACGCGAAUGGGAAAUGCAAUUUAAGGAAAAAUAUGAACUGGUUGGUAAGCUGCUGCGUAAGGGCGAACAACCAACCAACUAUGACGAUGAUGAGGACGAUGAUAAUGUCAACAAUGAUGAAGCCGCUGGUGUGCCAUCAGAUCCUUUGACAAACGAACAAACCACCAGCUUGCGGAAACGUCUACCCAAGUCGAAAACUGAGACUGAUGACACAAAUCCAGAAAGUCACGUUUUACAAGGAAACAAAACAACCAUAGAUAACGCACAAGAUGAACCAACUUCUACCGAUUGUUAGCAAAUCCGCGGUUUUUUGUUUUGCUUUUGGAUGUGGCUGUAAUAGUUUAUUUUUGGUUAGAAACACAACAAAACUAAAUAGCAUUUCUGACUCUUUUGAUGCUGCCUCUGCUCCUUUAAAACUGAGAACAAGAACUAAUUGGGAAAACAUUUAAAGAGAUCAUCACCCUAAUUUGAGCCAUACAAACAAGGCAUUAAAUUUAUUAUGGAAAUUUGGAAAGAAUUUAAAAAGCUAUUUAAAGAUUUUUUUAAUGUAAUUCUAUGAGUGCAGCCUUGACAAAAGCUAUAGUUGUUACUAUAUUUCACGUUGUGAUGUGAUCUUGUUCCAUAUAUUAUAGAAGUAUAUUCAUAAACAUGCAACAAACGGAAAUUGUAAAAUUAAUUAAGACGGAGGCCAAUGUGUGAGGGUAAGGGAGUCAUUUUCGUGGCAAUAUAAAUUUAAAUGUAACUAUAUUUGAAAAAAAAAUUAAAUUUCUA